AUGGCGGCCGAAAAUGUUAGCACGGAUACCGUGACCUUCGAGGGAAAGGAGUUCAGGACUGUUACGGAGGGAAAGGCGACAAUUCUGGUCCCGCAGGGUGCUAAGAUUGGUGAAGAUCGCGGGGAGGUUCAGCAGGUCUUCUACAACCCCAUUCAGCAGUACAAUCGCGAUCUGUCCGUGCUUGCCAUUAAGACAUACGGAGAGAUGUCCCUAGAGAAGAGAAAGGAACAAUAUGAGUCAAGGAUGAAGAAGCAGGGCAAGAAGAGAAAGCGCGGCGAUGAUGUUCAAAAGCCCACCGAGAAUGGUGCGAACCCCCCACCACAGGAUGAGCCGCAAGCGACCGAAGAAGCUGCAAAGCCUGCCGAUGCCGAAACCGCUCAACCAAAGAAGGAGUAUAAGCCCUCUUUCCGCAUUCUGGACGCCCUCUCUGCAUCAGGCCUCCGAGCCCUCCGAUACGCUCACGAGCUACCAUUCGUCACCUCUGUCAAGGCCAACGAUUUGUCAGAUACAGCUGCAGAGUCCAUCAGGAUGAAUGCCAAGCACAACGGACUUGAGGACAAGAUUACUGUUACCCAAGGCGAUGCGCUUGCGCUCAUGUACCGUGGAAUUGCGGAUGAUCUAUCGAACAGGGAUAAGGCAGGAAGUCCAGGCAAGGCCAACAAAUUUGAUGUUAUCGAUCUUGACCCUUACGGUACCGCUGCGCCCUUCUUUGACGCUGCUGUGCAGUCCGUGAAAGAUGAUGGUGGUCUACUUUGUAUCACUUGCACGGAUAGUGCGGUGUGGGCAGGACACAGCUACUGCGAGAAGACAUUCGCGCUGUAUGGCGGAAUUCCUAUCAAGGGCAUGCACUCUCACGAGGCUGGUCUACGACUUGUUUUGAACGCCGUGGCCACCUCUGCGGCCCGUUAUGGCUUGACGAUAGAGCCUCUCCUCUCGCUCUCCAUCGACUUCUACACCAAGUUCUUCAUCAAGGUGGUCAAGUCGCCCCAAUCGGUCAAGUUCCUUGCUUCUAAGACCAUGCUGGUGUACAGUUGCGACGCUGGUUGCGGUGCUUGGGAAACACAGCACAUGUUGAGAAGCAAACCUUCUCCUAAUAAGAAGGGCAGCGGUGCCUUUUACAAGCAUACUAUGGCACAAGGUCCUUCCGCCGACAGACAUUGCGAGCACUGCGGACUGAAGAUGCACAUCAAUGGUCCUAUGUAUGGUGGACACAUCCAUUCUCAAGAGUUUAUCGAGAGACUCCUCGAGCAGAUCCCUAGGGCCGAUCGUUCCAUUUACGGUACGAUGCCCAGACUUGAGGGUAUGCUGCGAACAGCUCUCGAGGAGAACCUACCAGGCCCUGAGGUCAAGGAACCCGUGGACCCUAAGGAUGCUCAGCUUGCAGCUAUCGACAACUACCCCUUCUUUAUUAUCCCCAGUCGCUUGGCCAAUGUAGUGAGCUGCGUGACACCCAGCGAGGAUAUGGUUCGAGGAGCCUUGAUUCAUUUGGGUUACCGUACCGCCAGAAGUCACUGCCGACCUGGCAGCAUCAAGACAGACGCUCCUUGGUCUACAAUCUGGUGGAUCAUCACAGAAUGGAUCCGUCAGAAGUCACCCAUCAAGGAAUCCAGCAUCAAGAAAAACUCGGCAGCAUGGAAGAUUCUGACUGAUGCUGGAAUUAUCGGACAAGAGAAGCCCGAGACUGUCGAAGAGGCACCUAAAGAUGACUCUGCAAUGGAAGGCGUGGAACAAGAAACUCUCGCUGAACCCGCCGCAGCUCCUUCUGCAAACGCGCCAAACGGAGAAGAUAACGCUGUUCUCAGCGAAAUGGAGCUACGCAAGACUCUUGUUUUUGACGAGAGCCUGGCACGCCUUGCGCGCAGAAAGGGAGAGCAGAAGUUGGUGCGAUACCAGAUGAACCCAAGAGAAAACUGGGGUCCUCUGGCCAAGGCAGCCCGCCGAUGA